AUGAUUGGACAGGUGGUCUUGCCCACCAAUCAAAUCUACCUCCCGCUGGUGGAAGAGCAUUCCCAGGAGAUCGAAGGAGCCUCGAGGGACACCUACAGUUACGGGUCUGAUGCCCGUCAGCAACUCGACAUAUAUACCCCGUCGUCGGCAGCACCGACCCUCGGUGGUAACUCCCGCCCGGUCCUGGUCUUUUUCUACGGCGGGGGAUUCGCCAAUGGAGACAAGGUCAACCCCAUGCGCCCGCUGUUCUACAAGAAUCUCGGCUACUUCUUCGCCGAAAAGGUCGGGCUCGAGACGAUCAUCGUGGACUACCGACUGAUCAAACACGGCGCCAGUUUCCCCAGCGGAGGCGAUGACGUUGACGCAGCCCUCAGCUGGAUCGACCAGCGGUACGCCGGGCAGAAGCGAGCUCUCUAUCUGAUGGGCAAUUCCGCGGGCGGCAUCAACGUCUGCACGUGGCUGUUCGAGCCCACGUACCUGCAGUCGCGCCGCAAGCUGAUCGCUGGGGGUGGCUCGACGGGGGUGAAACUCGCCGGGGUGAUCGUUCUCGGGGCGCUGUACCACUUCCAGAACUCGUCGGCGCCACUGAGGGAGGCGCUUGGCGGGUAUUUUGGUGAGGGCCUGGACGACAAGUCCCCCAUCGCCUCGAUACAGCGCGCAGAGGAGGCGGGCGAGCUGACAUCGGCUGAAUGGCCCCCUGUUCUGGUCAUGGACUGUGAACUGGAUCCCGAAGACAUCCAGAAAUCCAGCCAAGACUUUGUCGCGUUACUGAAGAAGGCGGGUACCUUUCAGCUGGACUACGUCAACAUCAAGGGCCACAACCACAUCAGUCCUCCCCUGGGUCUGGGAAGCGGAAUCGAGGCAGAGGAGGAAUGGGGAUACAAACUCGGCUCGUGGUUGAAGAAGGACCCAGCGUGA